AUGUAUCGUUUCAGGUUUCAACUUUUCUACUCCACAGCUGCAGCUGCUGCAGCAGCUCCCCGCAACAAUUUGUUGGCGGAAAUGCUAGUGAACUCACUUGGUUUCUCCACAGAAAAAGCUAUUUCUACUAGCGCCAAGGUAACAUUCUUGAAACCUGGAAACAACAAGCCUCAAUUAGUCAUAAAUUUCUUCCAACAAAUUGGUUUGGACAAGACCCACAUCAAAACCCUUGUUUGUGCAACCCCUAGUUUGCUGUUUUCUGAUGUUGACAAAACCCUUAAACCCAAAAUUAAAGUUCUUCAAGAACUUGGCUUAUCUGGGUCCGACAUAGCUAAAGUCCUCUCAAAAACUGGGGAUUUCUUGUUUUCAAGUCUUGAAAAUACAAUCAGACGCAAUAUUAAUUAUCUCCGACAACUGUUAGGUAGUGAUGAUUCUCUUGCUAAAGCCAUUAAGAAAGACUCUAAAAUCCUUUGGUAUAAUGCCCCUAAAGUAAUGUCACCAAAUGUAGCUUUCCUGCGAAAUCUUGGGUUUUCAGGUACGGAUAUUGAGAAGCUUAUUGUACGAGAUCCAAGGAUUCUUCUUCUUAAAAAGACUAAGUGGCUUGAGAAUGCAGUGAAUCGAGUUGAAAGGAAUUUACACAUUCCUCGCGACUCCAACAUGUUUAUCUAUGGAUUUAUGGUUACUGCAUCCCUUGGGGAAUCGUGUUUGGAGAUGAAAUUACGAACUUUCAGGAGAUUUGGGUGGUCCGAUUUGGAUAUUCUUACACUGGUGAAGAAACUUCCUUUAUGCUUGACCUUAUCAGAGGCUAGGCUUGGUAAAGGAUUGAAUUUUUUCAUGAAGGAGCUUGGGUACGGAGCCGGUUACCUGGCUUCUCGCCCCGCUCUCUUAACAUUCAGCUUGGAGAAGAGGGUAUUGCCUAGGCAUGAAAUCUUGAAACUUCUUGACCAGAAGAAGCUAGCAAAGAGUAGCCUAAUUCUUUAUAGUGCUCUGACGGUGCCUGAAUCAAAAUUUUUAAAUAAUUAUGUGCUGCCUUAUACAGAUGAGAUGCCUGAGCUAUAUGAGUUAUACAUGAAUAGUAGAAGAUAA